AUGAUCGACACACGGGCCUCGGGGCAAAUCCCGAAAUCAGCAAAACAGCCUGGAGACCGUGCACUGUGCGAGCUGCCCGAGCCCCGCGUGACGCCCAGGCGCGUGGUUACAGGGCGCUCUCGCUUCCCUUCCCCAGGUGAGAUGCACCGGCUGCGGACGUCGGACGUGGCUCAGGCCACCUUAGCCAGCGUGGCGCCCGUGUUCACCGUGACAAAAUUUGACAAAGAAGGAAAUGUUACUUCUUUUGAAAGAAAGAAAACUGACUUGUAUCAAGAACUAGGUCUUCAAGCCAGAGACCUGAGGUUCCAGCACUUGAUGAGCAUCACCACCAGGAACAACAGGAUCAUCCUGAGAAUGGAGUAUUUGAAAGCCGUGAUAACUCCAGAGUGCCUCCUGAUACUGGAUUACCGUAACUUAAACCUGGAGCACUGGCUGUUCCGGGAGCUCCCCUCACAGCUCGCCGGGGAGGGUCAACUGGUCACCUACCCUCUGCCUUUUGAGUUCAGAGCAAUAGAAGCGCUCCUGCAGUAUAGGAUCAGCAAGCUGCAGGGGAAGCUGAGCACGUUGGAGCCCCGGAUCCUCGACACGCUAGAAGCGUUGGUGGACCCCAAACACUCCUCUGUGGACAGAAGCAAACUGCACAUCUUGCUGCAAAAUGGCAGAAGUCUGUCCGAGUUGGAAACAGACAUUAAGAUGUUCAAGGAGUCGCUGCUGGAGAUCCUGGACGAAGAGGAGCUGCUGGAGGAGCUGUGUCUCACCAAGUGGAGCGACCCCGAGGUCUUUGAGCAGAGCAGCACGGGCAUCGACCACGCGGAGGAGAUGGAGCUGCUGCUGGAGAACUGCUACCGGCUGGCCGAGGACCUUUCCCACGCAGCCCGGGAGCUGCGUGCCCUGAUCGACGACUCCCAGAGCGUCAUCUUCAUCAACCUGGACAGCCACCGCAACGUGAUGAUGCGGCUGAACCUGCAGCUGACCAUGGGCACCUUCUCCCUCUCGCUCUUCGGACUAAUUGGAGUUGCUUUUGGAAUGAAUUUGGAAUCUUCCCUUGAAGAGGACCACAGAGUGUUCUGGCUGAUCACUGGUAUCAUGUUCAUGGGCAGUGGCCUGAUCUGGAGGCGGCUGCUGUCCUUCCUCGGGCGACAGCUAGAGGCUCCUUUGCCUCCCAUGGUGGCUCCUUUACCCAGGAAGACCCUGCAGGCAGACAGACGUCUGGACGUGAAGCAGAGCCUCAGGCCGGACGGGCUGGGGUCCAGCAGGAGUGUCCUCACACCCCGGUGAGCGCGAGGCUCUCAUGGUCGUCGCAGGGACACGCUGGUACCUUACAGACUCAGAGACUGAAACAGUCACCGAGUUAAUCACGUCUGAUGAGAGUCUGACGGCAGCGAGAGCACUGGGCUCAACCCCAUUUCCGAAUUCUGAGGAAACCAAAGGACUUGCUUUGUAAAAGGCCAAAAUUCUGUUUCCUACAGCAGAGGGCUGUUUUUAUAGAUGAGACGUGGAGGGGUUGGUUUAACAGUAGACUGUGGUGUAGGUUUUAUUUUCUCCACGUCGAAAAAAGCAGAGUGUCCAGCCAGCGCAGCCGGAAGUGGGACCGUCACGGGCUCAGCUGGCCAUGGUUCUCAGGGACUCAGUUCUUGAUCUUUGGUCUUCGUGAUGUCCUUACUCAGGUGACCGACAAGCUAGCAGAAUGCAGGUUAGCCUUAAGACAACCCUGGAAAUGUGCACUCCGACUCUGUCUCCGGCGGAGCCUUUCUUAUGUUUGCUCCUUUACAGAGGCAAAUAAAAAGGAAGUGGUUGUUUAUCACCAGC